AUGGCCGCCCAGCUCAAGACGGCCCUUGCAGAAAGUGUCCGGACUCGGCAAACGCCAGGUAUUGGCGCCAUCGUCAUUGACAAGACCGGCAAGACACUUUUUGACGAAAGUUUCGGAACAUUGGACGCGAACAAUGAUGCCUCAAAGGCUUUCACAAACGACACGCAACUCUUUCUGUGGUCGUGCACGAAGUUGAUUACCAGCAUCUGCGCGCUGCAACUCCUCGAGCAGGGAAAGAUCCAGUCAUUGGAUGACCCAGUCGCCAAAUAUCUCCCCCAGGUGGGAGAGUUUAAAGUCUUGGAGAGAUUCGACGAAAAUGGAAAACCAAUUCUGCGCAAGCCGAAAACUGAAAUGAGGUUGAUUCAUCUCAUGACCCACACAAGUGGGCUAACGUAUGACUUCUGGGAGGCCGAUAGACCCAUGUACGAGUAUCGUACUUCGAAAGGACAGCAUGUUGGGUCAUAUACUUCAGAGGAGAAUAACGAGUGGCAAUACCAUGAUUUGUUCCUAGCCUUUGACCCCGGUGAGAAACACCACUAUGGGGUCAACAUGGACCAUCUUGGCUUCAUUGUUGAGGCUGUCAGUGGCUUGCGCCUGGAGGAGUACAUGUCGCAGAAUAUCUUCAAGCCUCUCGGCAUGGACUCAUGCGGGCCACAAUUCAAGAAUGAAGAAUUUCUUCGAGUCCACAUAAAGGAUGAGAAUGGAUUAACGACCAUCGAUGGAUUUCGGCCGCCCAAGAAUCCAUGGCGUUAUGGUGGCGGGCACUUUCUUAUCGGCUCAUUGAGGGAUUACACGCAGCUCAUGCUGGCAUUGCUGAACGCCGGCUCCCAUCCAGCGACUGGGCGGCAGAUUUUGCGACCAGAGACCGUAGAGAAUUAUGUCUUUAAGGACUUCAUACCCGUUGUUGGAGCAUCGCCAGAUGGCAUUGGUACGUGCACCAAGGCUAUAACACCCAACUCGUCGAAUGCUGGUGAUGUCGGAUACUCAUUCCGAGACUCACCCUCGCCUCGGGGUUGGAGCUGUGGGCUGAUGAUGAACCUUGAGGAUGUCGUAGGUGGUAGGAGUGCUGGAUCUGGUUCAUGGGCAGGGCUGGGUAACUUGUACUAUUGGGUUGACCCCAAGAAAGGUAUUGCUGGGAUAAUCGGGACAAAUGUACUUCCCUUCCUCGACGGUCAGAGUCUUAGGUUAUUUGAAAGUGUUGAAAGGCUGGCAUACACCUAA